AUGGACUUCAAGAUCAUUCCUCAAGUAACUCUAGACAAAGAUUGCCUGGAACCAGAGUCAGUAGUUCUGGACUUUAGCCUUGCCAACUUUCUUUUCCAUUUUUUCAACUUUAGCCACGGCAUAACACUGAUCCGAAUCAAGUACGACUGUUGUCCUGGUUUCAAACGGUCCGAUAUCAUCAACAAUGAGUGCGUCGAAGUGGAUCGAACCUACCUCCCAAUCGUGCCAACUCUUGAGCUAAUGAACAAGAAUAAAACUGCUAAUAAGCUCGCGCUCGCGGAACCAAACCUCGCUAAGGAUGAUCAGAAUAAGGACUUCACUGUCUUUGUUCCCGAUAAGGAUGGCAGUCUUCCAAACUCAUCACCGGACGCUCCAAAAUCCAUCAUUGCGGAUGGCCGGCACUACGCGCAAGACUUCAUAGACGGCACAACUAUUCCUGUAAAGAACGGUCUUCCCCUCAAGGUCUCAACUUACCCAAACAAUGUAAGCACCAAAUGA